CCAGCCUUCAAGGAAGUUUUGGUUGCUGCCACUCCCGUCACCUCUCACGGUCCCGGCAGUUGCCUUGCCUUGCCUUGCCUUGUCGUAAGCAACUUGCGCGAGGCACCAGUAGUGGCCAGCAGUUGGUGAUUUCUUCUUUUUUCUUACAUCUUGAAUCACUUCCUUGACGAGACCUCGAGACGACACAGUCAAUUCUCAGCACACCGAAUACUUGUUUUGGACAAAAGAAAACAGAGACAAGGAUAAUUCUUCACGAUGGCUUCGGCAGACAUGUCUCCGUCGCGUAGCCAUCCUCACGACGCGACCCGAUCCCCUUCCCCGAGGACCCAGUCACCUUCGCCCCGGGACGAAGACGGCUCUCGGUCCCCUGGUGAACGUACACCCUCACCUCCUCCCCGCGACCCGUCGCCGUAUCGAUCACCAGGCGAACGCACACCUUCGCCAUCUCCUCGCCGGGAUCGCUCUCUCUCACCAAGAGAUCAGCCGCACUCACACCCACGAUCUCGUUCGCCUACACCUCGCAGCCAAUCGCCUUCCGGACGCUCUGUCCGCUCGCCAUCUCCGAGAGAGGGCUCACCAGCGCGCCGUGAUGAUCGCUCAUCUUCCCCUCGGGCACGCUCGCCGCCACCACGCCGUCAUUCCCGUUCUCCUCCGCUGAGAGGACAACCCCCUCCUCCGCGCCAUCGCGAUGCCGGUGGCGACUAUAGACCGCUAAGGAAGGAGCGCACCCCGACGCCACCCCCUGUGGCCGUCAAGACCGAGGAGGAAAAGCUUGCCGACGCCAGAGCAGAGUACCAGAAGCUCUUGAACCUACGCAGUCAGGGUGUGUACCUACCCCCGCACAGGCUACGUGCCCUCCAGGCUGCUAUCACCGACAAGAAGACCAGGGAAUACCAGCGUAUGGCUUGGGAGGCACUGAAGAAGUCUAUCAACGGUCUGGUCAACAAGGUCAACACUGCCAACAUCAAAUUUGUGGUCCCCGAACUCUUUGGCGAGAACCUCAUCCGUGGCCGCGGUCUGUUUUGCCAGAGUCUGCUGAAGGCCCAACAUGCCAGUUUGCCCUUCACCCCCAUUUAUGCUUGCUUGGCUGCGAUUUGCAACACCAAGCUGCCCCAGGUGGGCGAACUACUUGUCAAGAGGCUCAUCCUGCGUUUCCGCAAGGCGUUCAAGAGAAACGACAAGGCGGUUUGCCUCUCGUCGACCAUGUUCAUAGCCCAUCUCGUCAACAACCAGGUUGUCCACGAGAUGAUUGCCGCCCAGAUUCUGCUGCUGCUGCUCGCCAAGCCCACGGAUGACAGCGUCGAAAUCGCUGUCGGUCUCAUGAGGGAAGUCGGCUUGUUUUUGGAGGAGAUGUCCCCGGCCAUCGCCCAUGCCGUUUUCGACCAGUUCCGCAACAUUCUUCACGAGGCCGAUAUCGACCGUCGUACGCAGUACAUGAUCGAGGUGCUUUUCCAGGUGCGCAAGGACAAGUACAAGGACAACCCGGUUAUCAAGGAGGAAUUGGAUCUCGUCGAAGAAGAGGAUCAAAUCACACACCGGAUUGGGCUUGACGACGAAAUUGACCCGCAAGAUGGGCUCAAUGUGUUCAAGAUGGAUCCCAACUGGGAGGAGAACGAGGAGGAAUACAAGAAGUUGAAGGCGGAGAUCUUGGGUGAGGCUAGCGACGACGACGAAGAUGUCGAUGACGACGACGAGUCGGAGAGCGGAUCGGAAUCGGAGGACGAGGAACAGAAGGCGUUGGAGAUCAAGGACCAGAGUAAUGCGGACCUCGUCAACCUCAGGAGGACUAUCUAUCUCAGCAUCCAGUCGAGUGCCGAUCCCGAAGAAGCGGCGCACAAGCUUAUGAAGCUGCGGCUCCCUGCCGGCCAGGAGGCCGAGUUGGUGUCGAUGAUUGUUGAGUCAUGCGCCCAGGAGAAGGUCUACUUGAAGUUUAUGGGCUUGCUAGGAGAGCGGUUUGCCCGUCUUAACAGGAUGUGGAUGGACUUGUUCGAGGAGUCAUUCGCCAAGUACUACUCCACGAUUCACCGAUACGAGACCAACAAGCUUCGCAACAUUGCUAGGUUCUUUGGGCAUCUUUUGGCUACCGAUGCCAUUGGCUGGCACGUUUUCUCGGUUAUCCACCUAAACGAGGAAGAAACGACCUCCGCCAGCCGUAUCUUUAUCAAGAUCCUGUUUGAAGAUCUCCAGGAGAACAUUGGCUCUGCGAAGUUGAAGGCUCGCAUGAGUGAAGAGACUCUCCAGCCCAGUCUGCAAGGCAUCUUCCCUCAUGAUGAGCCGCGUAACAUUCGCUUCUCUAUCAACUACUUCACAUCCAUCAAGAUGGGUUAUCUUACCGACGAGAUGCGUACCUUCCUAGCAAACAUGCCAAAACCUGCCCUGCCAGCACCUCCAGCUGAUUCUGAUUCCGAGUCCGUGUCCAGCUACUCUUCCUAUUCUUCUUACUCAUCCCGUUCUCGCUCUCGUUCCCUGACGCCUCGGAAGGACACCCGCGGACGUUCGCUCUCGCGCACCCCUCCUCGUCGUGGCAGAGGCAGAUCCUACAGCCGGACACCAAGCCGGAGCAGGAGUCGUAGCCGUAGCUACAGCCGCUCCGUCUCGAAAUCCGUUUCGCGGUCUCCUCCAAGGCGAAGAGCGGUGGAGUCUCGGUCUCCCAGCCCGCCACCCCGCGGCCGUGGGCGUAGCUACGACCGGUACUCCCGCUCACCCUCACGCUCGCGCUCUCGUACCCGCUCCCCGUCGGCGGCGCCCAUCCGCCGCGGUCGCUCGGGAACCCCUAGCCGUAGCAGAUCAUACUCGCGCUCGCCAUCCCCCCCGCCUGCUCGUGGUUAUCCCACCCGUGGUCGAGCACCCGUUAGCAACAACAAUAGAGCCGCCGCCGCUUCCGGCAAGCGUCGUAGAGAAGGUUCCUACUCGGCAAGUCGCUCGCCACAUCCCCCUCCCCAACAGCGUCUUCGCCGAGGGAGCUACAGUCGGUCACGAUCAAGGUCUCCGAUACCUAUUAGAGGCAACGGGCCGGCGGGUAGAGAUACAGGCCGAGCUGGCCCGGCUCCCGCUCGUGGAGGACGGCGGGAUCGCUCAUACUCGAGAUCGCGAACCCGGUCACCUCCACCGCUAGCGGAUGCCGCCACAGGGUCUAGGAGAGUUGUCAGCAGGUCGCCAAGCCCGGUGGUUGGGAACAACAAGCGGAGGAGAUCGUAUAGCAGCUCAAGGUCAAGAUCUAGAUCGAGUUCGAGGUCCAGGUACAGGUCCAGGUCACCAGUUGCUAAGCGGGGAAGAGUUGAUUAGAAGCCCUUUUACCAUUAUUAACGGAUCAACGGAAAGGAAGAGAAGAGGGUGACAGAUGUUGACUUGGAAUUCAGAAGAGGCUACGAAAUGUAUAUUGAUACCAGAAGCAUUGGUUCUGAAAAGAAAAGAAGGACAAAGAAUGACAGGCAAGUCUCGUUGUACCAGGGCGAGACUUAAAUUAAAAACCGAAUCGAGAUUUAUUCCGUUGGACUCGGGGCUGAUGGGUGCUUUCUGAUAAUGCGAUGACAUCACAGUGAUUGGAGCGAGCUCCAUCACAAUAUGCCAAC